UUCUCAAAACGUGCGCGCAUUUCGCAAUGUUGUUUUUCUGUCCGUCGUGCGGCAACAUAUUAAUUAUUGAAGAGGACACUUCCAGCCACAGGUUCACGUGCCACACGUGCCCAUUCAUAUCGAAGAUCAAGCGCAAGAUAACAACGAAAACCUUUCCGCGACUCAAGGAGGUGGAUCACGUUCUCGGCGGUAUUGCUGCUUGGGAGAACGUGGACUCAACGGACGCCGAGUGUCCAGCGUGCUCACACAAGCGUGCCUACUUCAUGCAGAUCCAAACACGCUCAGCGGAUGAGCCGAUGACCACAUUCUACAAGUGCUGCAAUCACCAGUGCGGAAACACUUGGCGCGAUUAG